AUGGAUCACCACUCCAUGAGCACAAUGGAUAUGAGCAGUAUGAGCGAUUCUAGCUCUUCAUCCUCUUCCUCUUCAACAAUGUCAAUGACCAUGGUCUUCACCAACGCCCACAACACCCCGCUCUACUCCUCCGCCUGGACACCCUCAUCCUCAGGGACAUUCGCAGCCACGUGUAUCUUCCUCAUUGUCCUCGCCAUUAUCGACCGCUGCCUGAUCGCCUUCAAAGCCAGCAUGGAGCGCCACUGGCUAGCCGCGCAUCUGAACCGUCGCUAUGUUGCGAUCGCCGGCAAGACCAGCGAAGCAGGACGCAUCGAUGCCGACCCUGACGCGAAACUCGCCUCACUCAUUACGGCGCAAGGAGUCGAGGAGAACGUCAAGGUUGUACGAAACAUCUCCCAUGGCCCGAUUCCGUGGCGGUUUAGCGUGGAUGUGCCGCGGGCGUUGCUUUUCCUGUGCAUCGCAGGGGUGUCUUAUCUACUCAUGUUGGCGGUUAUGACCUACAACAUCGGCUAUUUCUGCUCAGUGUUGGCGGGCGCGUUCCUGGGGGAAUUGGCCGUUGGUCGAUACAUCCAUUGGAACGAGCAUGCUCACUGA